AUCUAAACUGGAAGGACGGAUGUAAUUUUUAAAUCUAAUAAAGUGUACUAUAAGUUAUAUAAACUUGUGAUACAUACAAGGAAACUGGUUAUUUUCUAUGGAAGUAGCACAAUGAAACAAACAAGGUUUAUUUGUCUUAUUCUUUUUCUCGGGGUUUCAAAUGGAAAAUGCGAGGACAAUAUAUGUCCAAAAAGCGACAUCCCAGCAAAUUGUUGUUCUGGAUACCGAAUAAUAAACAACACAUGUACAGGGUGUGUUGGUUUUUAUGGAAUAAACUGCAGCAUCCCGUGUCCAGUAGGUCAUUAUGGUGUGAAGUGUGAAUUGAGAUGUAACUGUACAGAGAAGGAAGAGUGUAAUCCAUAUGUUGGAUGUCUCCAUAUCAUGUACAUCCAUGGAGGGCAGCCGAACUGGUGCAAUAUAUGGUUGUCAUUCUCGACGCGGCAAGGAAAUUUCCGAGCAUGGGACGGAGAAAUUACGACGAGCAGUUUAGAGUAUGUCAAGCAAUCUGUUACCGAAAUUGAUCAAAAUUGCUUUAUGGCUACACUUGAUCGCUCUCCCGCCCAGGCCAGAAUCCAGCCUCGUGGCAUCGCACACAGCCACACAUCAACCCAAACUGAGCUGAUGUCUGCUUUAAUUACAGAAUUGAUGUCACUGAGAAAAACUAACUAAAGGAAAUAAUGUUUGCCACUGUCGACCGCAUCAUCUUGUUAAUCAUUGGAUACCUGUGACCUAUUUAAAGUACAUCAUGAUCUUUUAAACCCCAAUUGUUGAACUUUCUCCCUUGAUUAAAAAUGUUUAUGAAAAUAGAGUUUUGCUUGGUUUCUUGUAAAUUAGGAGUCUAUUUACAAUGGAAUUUUGUAGUUAGAGAAACAAUAAACUAAUAAACUAAAACUAAUAAACUAAAACUAAUAUUUUUGUUUUGAUUGCAAUGUCGAUGCUGCAAUGCCACGUUAAACAAAGAUGAAGGCAACAAGGCUCUAACAACGAUACUAACCGGAACUACGCAACUGGAAGUUGCAGCUGCACGUCUCCACCAGGUAAGAAUGACAGACCAAAACUGGUCGUCCGCGGAAAUCCACACCGAGACACGACCGUCAUAUAGUCCCUCGAAUCAGAAUCGCUGUACAAACUGCUGAAAUAAGCAUAAAGUGUGUAAAUAGUGCGCAAGAGACUGAAAGGAGCUGGUAUUCGUACACGACGUCCGUACAUUGGAAAUCCUCUAGCGCUGAGAGGUCGCAAAGGACAUAUGGAUUUUUUUAAGGCGUUUGCCUUUAGCAUUUGGAGGCGACGUCAAUGCCAUCAACUUAACUUGUCAAUUUAGAACAUACAA